AUGGGAAAUCAAUGUACUGCAAUAGAUCAUUGUUCAAAAGCAGAAGUUAUUUUUGAUACUACAAAUAAUGAAUUAUAUACAGAAAAUAUUGAAUUAACAGAUAGACCAUCAGAAGACUUUGUUUAAUCUGUAAGAAUGAGCUAUAGACCCUAACAAUCAAUCCCAAUAUAGAAAUAUUAGGGUCCAAUUGAAAUUGAAGAUAAAAUAGAAGAACGACCAACUUAUUAGUUUCCAGAUGGAGUUCUCUAUACUGGAUAAUGGAAAGGAACAAUACGAGAAGGUCAUGGAAUACAAGAAUGUAUAAAGAUUAUAAAAUUUUAAAAGGGCCAGAUGGAGCAAGGUAUGAAGGACAAUUUCACAAUAAUGUACCUCAUGGUAGAGGGAAAUUUACUCAUGCUGAUGGAGAUAUUUAUGAAGGAGAAUGGAAUCAAGGAUAAGCAGAGGGAUUUGGAACUUUUUAUUAUAAACUGAAUGGAAAGUAUGAAGGAGAAUGGAAAGAAGAUGUAUAACAUGGAUUUGGGAAAUAAGAGUGGCCAGAUGGAUCAAGAUAUGAAGGUAAUUAUGUAAAUGGAAUGAAACAUGGGGAAGGAAAUUAUUAUUGGGCUGAUGGAACUUCAUAUUAAGGGGAAUGGGCAUAGAAUUAAUUCAAUGGUUAAGGAGCAUAUAUAUGGGCUAAUGGAAGAUAGUAUGAAGGAUAAUUUCUUAAUGGUUUUAUGCAUGGAUAUGGAGAAUACAAAUGGCCAGAUGGGAAAUCAUAUUAAGGAGAGUUUAAGAAUGAUAAGAAGGAUGGUUUUGGAGUAUAUACUUGGGCAGAUGGUAAGAGAUAUGAAGGAAGCUUUGCAGAAGGAUUAUAGAAUGGAAGAGGAACUAUGGUAUUUUAAGAUGGUACUAUUAAAUAAGGAAUUUGGGAAAAGGGAAAGAGAAUGGGAUGGUUGGAUGAUAAUAAUGAGUUACAGAAAAGUUUGAUAAUGAGUUAAUAUGGAAAUUAAAGUUUAUAUUAAAGUUAAUUACCAAGUUAAAUUAGAAUGGUUUAGGAUUGA